AAAUUUCAGAAACGGGCAAAGUAGUUUCGAGCGGGAUUACCAUUCGUCAGAAGAACAAAUUGAUAUAACAUGCUACAAAGGCACUGGAAUGACCUACAAAGGUUACUUCAAUUUCACAAAAUCCAAGUAUCCCUGUCAAAACUGGAGCUUGCAAACCCCACACAAGCACAAUUUCAAUGUUGCCAACAGUACACAAUUAGGUGACCAUAACUUCUGCCGUAACCCAGGCAACGAAGAAGACAGGCCUUGGUGUUUUACAACCAAUGAAAAUGUCAGGAAGGAAAUCUGUGACAUACGUAACUGUGAUGGUUUUGUUGAGGUCAACGAACCCAUGAAGAAUGUCACAGCUUACAAAAAAGAUACUGUUCGUCUGGAAUGCGAGAUCACAGGCAAACCGGUUCCGAAAUAUAACUGGACAAAAGAUGACAAACCCUUACCACACGAUCCAAGGUACCGAGUUCGGGAAACUUACUACGGUUCCAGGUUAAAAAUUCUCGAUGUAAGUCCAAAAGAUUCGGGAACGUUCCUGUGUAUCGCUUCCAACCGUUUUGGACAAAAAAACACCACUGGUAGACUUCGCGUCAAAGACGAAAUUUCUACCAAAAAGAUGACCGAUCGUAUUCCAGAUUCCUCCGGAAGGCAGACACCUUCCACACCAUUUGGUUCCAGUUCAGAAGAACAAAACAAUCAAGGUUCUUGCUUUGAUUACCAUGGAACUCCGUGUGCAAAGUUUCUGGCCAAUAAGAGCGUUUACGUAGCGAAUAAGAACGGUCUGGUAGAAACUGAAAAAGUCUACACUGUCGCUGUAACUAUGAUUGGUCAGUCAACCGACUUAUCCCCCAGGUGUCAGCAGUUUGCAAUACUGUCAUUGUGCUAUCAUGCUUUCCCAUUGUGUGACGAAACCAGUGCCAUACCAAAGCCCCGGCUCCUUUGCAAAGAUGAAUGCAAAAUCUUAAGAGAAGACAUUUGCAAAAACGAAUACAAAAUGGCUAAAGGUCAUCCACUUAUAGGAGAAAAAUUGCUACCAAAAUGUGAAAAUUUAGCCCCAGUUGGAACUAAAGAAGCUGCAAAUUGCAUUGAAAUUGGUGUCCGCAAUGCUACCAGAGUUACAGAACACAGUUGUUACAAUGGCAGCGGAAGUAAUUACAGAGGAAUGAUUAGCCGAACUCGUUCUGGUCACGAGUGUCAGAAGUGGAGCUCAAAUAACCCCCAUCCUCAUCAUUUCAAACCUACCCAAUACCCAGAGUUGGGGGACCACAACUACUGCCGUAACCCCGGAAACACUGACCAUGCACCUUGGUGCUUUACCUUAAACAGUCAAGUGAAGAAGGAAAGAUGUGACAUCCCUCGAUGCGACAACAGACACAGACACACGACAUAUUGGAAAGACAUUGAUAUCAACUGUUAUACAAACAAAGGCAGCACUUACCAAGGAAAAGUGUCAAAGACAAAAUCAGGAUGGAAGUGCCAAUCUUGGAAUACCCAUUAUCCCCAUAAUCACCCUUAUAGUUCAGUGGAUUAUCCAGAACUCCGAGGUGGUCACAAUUACUGCCGCAACCCAGGUGGAGUUCUGGAUACUCCUUGGUGCUACACGACCGAAAGCUCGGUGGUUAAGGAAGAAUGUAACAUCAGCAAAUGCCCACAUGGUAUUACUGAAGAUGUGAACAAGCUGAUGUUCAUCCUCGUCCCAGGAAUCACUGUCCCUUUAGCUCUCGUUCUUCUGUUAGCACUGGUAUGUUUCUGUCAGCGAUCCCACAACCGAUACCAAGGAACUAGCGAUAAGGCAUCACAGCGUCAAGGUCAACCGAUGGAACUAAGCCCUUUAGCAGCGAAAUCGAACAUGAGAACCAGGGAAUUUUUCAUGCAAAACAUACGUUUCAUCCAGGAACUAGGUGAAGGAGCGUUUGGCAAAGUUUAUAAAGGCGAACUGGUUGGAUUGUUCAGUGAAAACUCGGUCACAAAAGUUGCGAUUAAAACCCUGAAAGAGAACGCGUCUCCGAAAGUUCAAAACGAUUUCCGAAGAGAAGUGGAUUUGAUGUCGGAGAUGCGGCACUCGAACAUAGUCUGCCUGCUGGGUGUGUGCAUGAAACAGGAGCCGAUGUGCAUGUUGUUUGAAUACAUGAGUCAAGGUGACCUGCACGAGUAUUUGAUCACGCAUUCGCCACAUUCGGACAUAACAGGAAUCGAUGAAGAAGGAAACCGGGUCUUAGACUACUUGGAUAUGCUGCAUAUAGCAAUCCAAAUUGCUUCAGGAAUGGAAUACCUUUCGAAUCAUCAUUUUGUUCACCGAGAUUUGGCAGCAAGAAAUAUCCUCGUCGGAGAUGCACUCACCGUGAAGAUCUCCGACUUUGGUCUUUCGCGAGACAUUUAUUCAUCUGAUUACUACCGCGUCCAGAGCAAAUCUCUGCUUCCAGUCCGCUGGAUGCCUCCGGAAUCAAUCCUCUAUGGGAAAUUUACUACUGAGAGUGACGUAUGGUCAUUUGGUGUUGUUCUGUGGGAAAUAUUCAGUUAUGGCCUCCAGCCUUACUAUGGAUAUUCAAAUCAGGAAGUUAUCGAUAUGAUUCGCUCACGACAGAUACUACGUUGUCCGGAAAACUGCAACGCACACAUUUAUGCCUUGAAAGUAGAAUGUUGGCAUGAACUUCCAUCUCGCCGUCCAUCUUUCAGAGAAAUUAAUGCUCGUCUGCGUGCCAUAAAAAUGGAAGCAAUGAACCAAAACCCUCACUGGAGUAUAUCACAGAGUCAGUCAGCUCAUUCAAGCAGCACGCACCAAAGUUCCCACAGCCAACCCAGUCAUCAGAGCAGCGUGGGCCCAAGCAAUACCACGGCCACAACCGGCCUAACAAGCUCCAGCAACAAUUCUGAGCCAAACCAGCAACAGGGGAGUAACCCACCAGUGCCUAUGGCCAAUCAGAUGAUGCCCCCUCACGGCUACGUGCCCAACCAGAUGCCGCUGACUCCGACGCCAACACAGCAGAUCAUGAUGAUGCAGCAGCAACAGCAGCAACAGAGGGCGCCGCCUACGUACGGGGGCCAGCAGAUGAAGGUCUCACCAGCCGGAUCUGUUGCGAGCCACCCGUCGUCGGCGAACAGUUCGUCAUCGCAAGGAUCAAGCACAAGCCAUGGUAUGACGCAGAUGGCGCCCCCGUCAGUCACCGGAUAUGUGGGGAACAAUCUGUCGGCGCCGCCCAACAUGAUGGGCUCCGACUGCCACAAAAUGGCUAACUAUAUCACACAUCAAGCUCACAUUCCCGACUCAAAACCUGCAGCGGAGAUCUAAGCCAUUAAGAUGUCUUCACUUAAAAAAAAAAAACAUUUUGAAAUGUUGGGUUUUUUUUAUAUUUUGAUUUAAAGAACAAUUGAAAAAUCA